AUUAGUUGAUCCUUACUACAACACACAACAUGCCGGGAGGAACGCGAAAGAUGAGACGAGACAAGGAGAUGGCGGCGGUGACAUACAACAUGAAAGAGGACCGGUGCCUGGAGAAAAGCAUGCAGACCCUGAAUCUGGAGCGAUCCUAUUCCAUGAAACUACUGCAGUUAGAUCACAGAAUCGUCAAGGUUAAUUAUAAAAGGCUCAAGGACAAAGUCUCCAGGAUACGUUCCUACCUCUCUGUGGACGAAAUAAACGAGAUGAAGCAAUUGGAGGCUGAGGGAAAAAUUAAACCGCUGAAUACUGUAAAUCUUGGAAGUGCAAUAAAAAUCGCUGGUGCCGCAAAAAGACUUAAGAUUCAAGGGCCAACGCGGGCAAAUACCUCUAUAACACUGUCAUCUCACAAAGGCAGCAAUGAAACUAUAAACAGACCAAUGACCGCAAACAAUAAUCUCAGACGCAGCAAUUCUGUGACAGGUGUGUUCAUUGAUGCCCCCGAACCAAAUACGACCAAGAGAAGGAAUUCCGCCGACUUUGGAAUGACGACAAUCAGGCCACUCAGUGCCUUUGUGGAGAGUGGCUCUAACACUAAACCUCAGAAAACAAAACGCCCAGCUACUUCUCAGUUAGUGCUUGGUCCUCAGUCACAUACUCCGCGGAUCAAUCCCAAUCCAACUCACUCUCCUUACUCAUCUCAUACCGCGGUAGAAAAAGAGUUCCUACCUCCACCUAGGACACAAGAGCGAACAUCCGGUCUCACGGAUGACAUAGAUAGUAAUCUAGGGGAUGACCUCAUGGAGGAAAGGCGACAGGAAAUGAUAAUGGAGGAACACGAAAGAUUCAGUGAAUUGGAAGAGAGAAAGAAAGACUUCAUGAUGAGGCUAGAUGCCUACUUCAAGGAAAACCCCGUCCCUGACUGGUCAAAUCCUCCACCUAUUGUUAAGCUUCCACCAUCAGAGGAAGAUAAAGAAGAUAGCAUCAGUACGACCGGAAGUGUGAAGAAAAGCAUGAAAUAUAGACUGUUACCCAACAGAAUCACACUGGACAAGACCUUCAGGAGUGAGGAGGAAUAUAAAGCAAAGAUCUGGGAACUAUGGAAGGACUUGAACAAGUGUCGAUAUCUGCGGAUCCCUGAUGAAAUGUUGGACCUUUCGGGGGUUAACACUCUAGCCAAGGACCAACUGAAACUAUUCCAGAUGCUCAAAAGACAGGACACGAGGCCGAAUCUCAUUAAUACAUAAAAACAAUUGACUUAUGACAAUACGGUAUGAGAGUGAUAUUAGAUCGUAAUCUUGAGAUGUGAAUGUACGGUAUAUAAGGUACUAUAUGGACACAGCACGAUUCACAGAUUUAUAUUUGAUGUCGCAUGGAAACAGGAAACAAUGUUUGUGCUUAGGGAUCACAGGCACUUAUUUCUGAAACAAAUUUUCUUACCCGAUAGUAUAACUUACAAGGGGUACCCCCUCCCAAGAGUUGCAGCUUAGAAAUUUUAUAUCACAACCUCGUAUGGUCUAAAGAAGACUCCCUAUUUAUUUUAAGGUCAAGAUCAGAAAUUCAUACAUUCUGUGUGUGUGGAAUUCUAUCGUUUCCGGACGAUAUCUCAAAAAGCCUUUGCGCUUUUAUAAUGAAGUUUUAUACCACAACUCCCUAUGACCUACAGAAGACUUCUAUUGAUCUUCAGAUCAAAAGAUCAAUGGUCAAGGUCAGAAAUUCAAACAUUGCGGCAAAAUGAUCCAGAUGAUACUAGUAAAUUUAGAUGUUUUUUAUUCAAUGAAUUUUGUAUCAUAAUCCUCAAUGUCUUAAAGAAUACUUCUUUUGAUUUAAGGGGUCAAAAUGCCAAACGUCAGGGUAAAAAUUCAUACAUUCUGUGUGUAACACCUUCAUUUCCGGUCCAUAUAUCCACCUUUUCGGUUUUGCAAUGAUAUUUUGUAUAACUUCUUGUGGCAUAAAGAAGAUCCCUACUGAUUUUGAGGUCUAAGGUCGAGGUCAGAAAUUCAUACAUUGCAAAAACAAAAAUGUUUUCCUGAUGAUAACUUCAGUUUUCUUAGAGUUUACGCAAUAAAAUGUCAUGUUGUAACUUCCAAUAACUUAAAGAAGACCCCUAUUGAUUUUGAGGUGAAAAAGUCAAGGUAAAAACUUUAAUUUCCAUAAAAUGAUUUCCCGGUGAUGAAUUUGGUUCUCUUUAAGGGCUUGCUAUGAAAUUUUAUACCGUUUUUCUAUCUAUAAUAACUUCUUUUUUUGUAAAAAAAAAAAAACAAAAAAAAAACUAUUGAUUUUGAGGUCAAGAGGGCAAAGACCAAGGUCAGACACUCAUGUAUUGCAUUCAGUUUUCAGAUGAUAACUUUAGUCCUUUGUUAGCUUUUGCCAUGAAACUAAAGGUCAUGAAUUUCUUCAACUUAAAAAAGACCCCUAAUGCUGAAAGGUCAAGGCCGCCCUCACCUUUUUAUUUUCUCCAUCUACAUUUCUUUUUGGUGUUCCACCUUUUUCUUUUUUUCCUUAAGUGGUGGACACAAAUUCCCUGACUUAGCUUGAUUUUCUUUUCUUUUUUUUUCUUGCUCGCUGACUGGAAAUUUCGUUUCACACCACAAAGAGCUAUGUCCUAGUCUCUGUCAGAAUAUCUAUUUGAAUUUUGAUUGGAUGAAACCUGUUUCUAAAAUUACAUACAUGGAAAAUAUUCCAGAUUAGAUGUGGAAAAUUAAAAAAAUAUAUAUAAUAUCAUUGUAUUCAUUAAUUGCAAUAUUGAAACAUUGAGAGUUGAAUUUUUAAGUCCUUUUGCUCUUAGCCCGAGACUAGAACAUAGCACUUUGUGGCGUGAAACUAGAUUUUCAGUCAGCCAGCAAAUUUUGGAUGUUGUUUAUGCCGAGACAAGAAGCAAAUAUGCCACACAUGAUUUUGUAGAUGAUUUUAAAUUAUCGUAGAAGAGAAUGGUUAUAUGAACAGUUUCCUACUGCGUUUUGUUUAAAAACUAAAUGACUGUGGAAGAGGGUACCCCGUGUUGUUUGGAGUUGGAUCCCAUGUUUUAUUAUUAUACUAGGGUGUAUAAACUUUAUUUCAGAAACAAGUAUCGGUGCUGGGAGGUAAACAGAUACACAGGGAGUUACGGAGAACUGAGGAUGGAUGCAUGAGGAUUUUUUUUUUAUUAUUAUUUUCCAUAGUAUUUAUAUAUAUAGCAAAACAAGUGGCAAUAAGUAAUGAGAUGUUUAUUGAUAAAUUUGUAAAUAGAUACGCAAUGCAUUUA